AUGCAGAACGCCAGGAAUGGGCCAGGGAACAAACAGAAGCCCCGCAGAGAUGUUUUGGCUUCACUCAGAAUGGCCUCCAUGGAGGAGAUCUCCAGGGCGGCCCUUCCAGCAGAGAUCAUGUCGUCCAUCCUUGAUUAUCUCUCCCCUGUCGACCUCAUCCGAGUCGCUCGGUCAUCGAAACUCUUGCGCGAAAUGGCAUACGAUGACACUAGAUGGGUGCAGAAGCUGAAACAAAUUGGGUGCUGGGAUGAGUUGGAGGCUCGCAAACAUGUCGAAGACACCUUUGGAACCAUAGCCGACAUGAAAACCAUCGAGCACAAAGAGGCGGUGGAUCUCCAAGAAGCAGUUGAUGCGACUCAGCGCAAACCUGACCACGCCUUGGGUUCGCUCGCGGAUGGCUUCGACCAAAUUCAACUGUCUACCCCUGCUGCUACCAAUGUCCAAGAUAGUUCGGAGGACGAUCCCGUCUUGGGCGUGUUGAGACAGGUCAAAUCAGUGCGCGGAGAAGCUCGUCAAGAGUAUGGAAAGAUACACGCGGCGCUGGCACCGUAUUACAAUGACAUCGUGACCUCAGGAGCUUCGGCCGACAGUCUGCUGUUUCGAGACUACAGCAAUCCGCAACACCAGGCACAAAUACUCUCUCAGUUGCAGGCGUUCUCCAACAGUGAUUGUACGGAUGGUUGGCAUGAACGAACCCAACAGCUGCAGUCAGCUGUGUCGGCCUUCGAAACAAACGCGGUCAAAGAGUUUCGACACGGCUACGAGACUGAAGACAUCGAAAAUAGAAUGCGGGAAUAUGCCCACGUGCUAUAUACGUUGAACGGUGGUGGCGCAGCAAUCGAGCUCUUCAUCCACCACAACCACCUGGUUACGCUCAAAUCGGAUUUUGGAAGUGUGACCGACUGUAUCGACACUUUAGCAGGAAGUGUUAAGUUGGAACAUACCCAGGCUUUCUUUACCCGGAUGAGUGUCGCCUACAACGAGGAGGUCUCGAUUAUCAACCGUGCUUUCCCCCCGCAAUUACAGGUCGGCACGCCAUUUAUCGAAAAAGUUGGACAAGAUGUACUAUUCCCGUACUUGACAGCCAUCUUUGACGAAUUACAUCGCACGAAUAUUGAGUCUUACCUCACAGCAGUAUCGGGAACAUUCGCACAAUGUCUCAAUCUAUCGGAUACACUGCUGCCCAUUCAAAACUCACCCGAUACAUUCGACGAGUUCUUGCAGCACGUUAUUGCGAAAACAUACGAACCUCACUUGGAUUUGUAUUUUGCAGAAGAAUUAGACCAUUUCCGGAAAAAGUCUGAAGCAGCAGUGGGGGAAUGGGAUCGGCAACUCUCAGAGCAGGCUGCAUCAACCGAGCUGUUUCUGAUGUCCAACGUCAACCGACAGGCUGACAAACGGGAUUUUCUGACCUCGUUCAAAAAAGUGAUUAUGGCGCCUGUUAAUAUCCUCCCCAGCUUUUCAGGGAGCAAGACAGCAGAAACCAAGUCGAAGCCAGAUCCCUCUCCUGAUGAUGCGUCAUCCUUGAAGAGCCCAAACCGAUUUUCCACGAUCGGUUCACCUGCCACACCUCCAGUGACGGAAGCACCGACCACAGAACUUGCAGCAAAGGCUGCAGUAAUGAAAUCCAAGCUAGAAGGAAUUCGAUCUCUGUUCAGUAUUGAGAUCGCCCUAAGCCUUGUGCACGCUGCGAAAUCCAGCCUAGAACGAGCUGCGCAGUUUGUCAACGUGGGAGGCGAAUAUGGAAGUGCAGCCAAACAGCAGUGCGAGGCCAUUUUUGUAACUUUAGUGCGCAUUCUUGGGCACCGCCAUCUGAUCGGCGGCUUUGACAAGGCUGUUAGCCAUUUAUCCAAUUAUCGGCCCCGCGAACAGGGAGAACGGGAUCAGUCCGGGGUUGAACCGUUGGUGACUUUUCUGGAGUUGGUCAAUGUUGGCGAUCUUAUCUUGCAGAUGAUCGAUGUUUUCUACGAGCAGGAGCUUGUUGGCGCUAAGUUAACUGACCGGAACGACUUCCUCGACCCGGCCGUAAAGGAAAAGAAGAAGUUCGAGCAGAACCUCGAUGAGCGGGUGGCUGCUGGACUGAACAAAGGCAUUGACGUGCUCAUGGAGGAAGUGGAUUAUAUCCUCGCGACACGACAGUUAGCGACAGACUUCAACCCCAGUGUUUCCCAGGACCCGUAUCGGAAGACGAUGGACGUGAGCAUCACUGAGGCGGCGGCUGCCGUAGUAGAUGUGGUAUCCUCGCAUACCCAGAUGCUUGUGGGCAGCACAGACAAGAGCAUGCUGGAUGUCUUCAAUCAGGAGGUUGGACUGCGCCUUUUUGCCGCCUUGUGCAAGCACCUCAAGCGACAGCGGAUCAGCAUCGAGGGAUCUUUGAAGCUUAUCAGCGACAUGACCCACUAUUUCAAAUUCAUUCAAGGAUUCAAGAACCAGGACCUCCUGAUCUAUUUCAAGGCGUUACGGGAGUUGUCACAGAUUUACCUGAUUGACUCGUCCGAUGCCAAAGAGUUAGCCACGAUCAUUGCUGAUGCGGAUCGGUUCUAUGGGAUCUGGCGGGUGGAGGAAGUGUACGAAUUCGCCGAGCGACGAGCAGACUGGCUGCUGGUCAAGCGGGAUGUGGAACGAGCCAUGUAUGGCAUCGGAUGUAGUAUUAUGUGA